AUGGCCCUUUCCAAACUCGUCUUGCUGGCCGGCAGCCUGGCCGCCGCUCUCGUGGCCCCGACCUCGGCCCGCGCCGUCCACGACAAAGAUAACAACGCGCUUGCCGCCUCCGUCACCUCGGACGUCGACGAGUGCCGGCUGCCCCCGGUCCUCGACCCCUCCGCCGACGGCCUCCCCAACAGUGACCAGCUCUGGGGCAACCGUUGGGCGCUGCAGCGCCAAGUCGAGCGUCACCAGGCCAUCGUACGUGUUCCUUCCGUGUGCUACGAUGAUCUCGGUCCCAUCGGUGAGGACCCGCGCUGGGCGCCCUUUGAUGAGCUUCACCGCGUCCUCCGCCGGACCUAUCCCGCCCUGCACAACUACGCCAAAGUCGAGCGCAUUAAUAAGUAUGGCCUGGUCUACACCGUCCCCGGCGCCGACCCCUCGCUCAAGCCCAUCCUCCUAACCGCCCACCAGGACGUCGUCCCCGUCCAGGACGAGGACGCCUGGACCUACCCUCCCUUUGAGGGCUACUAUGACGGCCAGUUCCUCUGGGGCCGCGGCGCCAGCGACGACAAGAACAGCCUGACCGCGCUGCUGACCACGCUCGAGGUGAUGCUGACGCAGGUGCCCUGGCGCCCGCGCCGCACCGUGGUGCUCGCCGCCGGCUUCGACGAGGAGUGCUCCGGGUACCGCGGCGCCGCGCGCAUCAACGAGGUGCUGAUGGACCGCUACGGCGAGGAAGGCGUGGCCAUCAUCCUCGACGAGGGCGGCCUCGGUGUUCAGGACCUAGGCGACGUCGUGUACGUGCUGCCGGCGGUCGCCGAGAAGGGCUACCUCGACGUCUGGUUCGACCUCGAGGUCGGCGGCGGCCACAGCUCCGUGCCGCCACCAAACACCGCCAUCGGCAUCAUGUCCGAGCUCGUCUCCGAGCUCGAAGCCAACCCGUACGAGCCCGUCAUGACCAGGGAGAGCCCCACGUGGGCGCACCUGGCCUGCAUCGCCCGGUACUCCCCCGACGAGAUUCCCGACGUCACCCGGCUCGUGCACGCCGGCGACCUCGACGGCCUCGCGGAGCUUCUCGCCGCCGGCGGCGCUGAAGCCUCCGGCGCUCACCCGUUCAGUGUGCGCACCUCACAGGCCGUCGACAUCAUCUUCGGCGGCGGCAAGAUCAACGCGCUGCCCGAGAAGGUCACGCUCGGCGUCAACUACCGCGUCACCCGCGACGACGGCAUCGACGCGGUCAUGCACCGCGUUGUGAAGCUCAUCGAGCCCAUCGUGGAGAGGCGCAACCUUUCGCUGUCCGCCUUCGAGCACGACGGCGGGAAGUACCACCCGGGCGUCACCCGCGUGGGCGGCGCCGGUAAGAUCAGCAUCCGCGCCGACCAGGUCUCGGAGCCGGUCUCCGUCUCGCCGAUGAGCGGCAAGGUCUGGGACACCUUUGCUGGCUCCGCGCGGCACUCGCUGCGCUUCGACGGCACCGUCGUCCCCGUCGGCGAGAUCAUGACCGGCAACACGGACACACGCCACUACCUGGACCUCAGUCCCAACAUCUACCGCUUCACUCCGGCCAAGGUCGGCUCCAGCGCCGGCGUCCACACCAUCGACGAGCGCGUCGAUAUGCGCGAGCACAUGAAGAUGCUCGGCUUCUACUACGACUUGAUCCGCAACUUUGACCGCGUCGUGCUUGACGACGAGCGCCGCCGCCGACCCUGGUCCGCGGACGAGGGCAACGAGGAGCUGUAG